AAAGAUUCAAAGCGAAGCCACGGCACAUCAAAGUCCUGCCGUACUAGUAGACUACUUGUCAUGUUGUUACUAUGCUGUGCAAGAGGAACUGACGACCAUACAUAGUCUAUUCACUUCAUAGAAUAAUAGAGUUGAUUGAAGCUAAUCAUGACCAUCGUAGGCUGCUGUUCCAGUGCAAGAAGUAGUCUGACAAUCAGGCUACAGCUACCCAAUCUAACAUGGACACUUGUUGUGCUGGUGCUGAUCCACAGGAGUGGUGAUGUCUGUGGCUUUUCGUCAUCCAGGAUACCAUUUCAAGCCUCCAAGCAUGUCCAGGAACUCACAUAUGUGUGUCCUUCUUCAAGGUCAUCAUCUACCAUCCGGAAAAGAAUGCCCCAACUCCAAGAAAGCAACCUGAACUCGGAUACCCAAGAUUUCGGAACAGCAAGCUCAUAUACCCCAGAUACCCCAUUAUUUUUGGCAUCGGCUUCAGGAUCAUCGCAUCACCAGUCAUUCAACAAUAAUACUAAGGAUACCCAACAACAGCAGCAAGAUUCCGCCACAAGUUCCUCCCGACGAAUGUCCAUAUUGACUAUGCUGGCAGCCACAACUGCCACGACCACAGCAAUGCUACCGGUAUUACCAGCAUCGGCGGGCAAACCGGAAAUGGACAAGUUUGGAAAUUUAUUCUCUCCCAAAGCGGACAUGCUCACAGGUGGCAGCGAAGCGGCACGAGGGAUAUCUACCCGAAAACGAGGCAAACGACUGCAACCGGGAGAAGCAUUGCAAUCCGUCUACGAAACCAGAUUUAUUGCCUAUCUCUCGCGAUUCCUGCUCAACUACGAUCCCGCCGUCAAUGCAUGGUGGAAUCAAAACUCUCCCACACUAGAUACCUGGGAUAGUGUCGACAACAACAAUGAAAACAGCAAUAAUGACAACAACAACAACAACAACAACAAUCAGAAUACGUUGGACCCCAACCUGGUGAAUCAAUUCCGAUUUGCAGAAUUUGCCGAGAGUGUCGAGGUGGGUCUGGCAGAUUACUUUGUAGGACCUUACGGGAGUUACUCGUCCGUACAGGCAGCCAAGGCGGGUAUUUUGGCAACGGCACCGGCACUGUCCAGUCAACCCACUAAGAACCAAAACAUUGCCACAUUGCUGCAAGACAUUUUUAGCAACAACAAGAAUAGUGCUGCUUCGUCGGCAAGAAGCGACAGCAGCAGGACGAACAAUAAGCAGCAAAAGGCUGGCACAACCGGCACAACCAUGCCCGCCAAACAGGGAAUCCUGAAUCUUUAUUCGCUGCUAAAAGCACGAUACACAUCCGUGUCGGCCAAACGACAGCUGGCCAUUCUCUUUUCCUUCAUCUCGCAGCCAUCCUUGCAACCCACGUUGGCGAUUCGAGGUCUACUGGGAGAAGCCGACAAUGCUACCAUUUCAAAGCUUCAAUUAAUACGACCAUCCGUAGCCGACGAAAGCAAAUCACGCACCAGCAGUCGACGGGGAGGUGGGUAUUCGAUUUCGGAUCCGCCGCGGGUCGUCGUGGAGGCUCCACCGGCGUUGGGGGAUGAUUACCGACCGGCACAAUGCACGGCCAUUCUGCGUCCCACUACCCGAAUACUUCGAAUCAAGGUGACAGAUCCGGGGGAAGGGUAUUUUGGUGCCGAACCACCCUUGGUGACAGUCGAAUCGUCUCCGCUACUCACAAAACCAUGUCAGGCGUGUGCCAUUAUGGAUCGAGAGGGACAUGUGGCCGAAGUGCUCGUGUUGGACCCGGGAUAUGGCUUUGGAGGACGACAAUCACGACGGGGACAGCAACAGCCUCGGCCACCCAAAGUAACCAUUCAACGGCCCAAGGUAGGAGUCAAGAAGAAACAACAGUUCUCCAUCGAGGACGGAGACGACGACAAGGACAUACAACCACGAAUAGCAAAAGCCGUUGCAGAACUGGAAUACGAAGUCGUGGAUGUACAGAUGGAUCAUGGAGGCAAUGGCUUUGUCAAGACAGAAGCACCCAAUGUGCACAUUACACCGCCGACAGAAGAUCCAGACUGGUUCCUGGCCACACAGGAACAACCCGAAAUGAGAAUGGUCCCAGUCCCUGAGAUUGAACCCUUGCGGGUGCAGGUCAUUGAAAUGAAGAAUGCUGAAGGGACUGUGGUUUAUAGGGACAGUAAUGAUGAUGCUACAGAUGACGAUGGUGGUGCUAGUGCAACCGCCAUCGACAAUGCGCUCGUUCAGAGGCUGCAACGAGAGCCUUUGGAGCUCCUGCCAUCCAGUGUUCUACUGGAAUCGUCGUCAUCCCCCAAACCGUUGGAUGGCAACAACGCCAACAAACAGCUUUACAAGGUUGCAUCCCUGCCACCGAUACCAUCCAACACCAAAGUGCCUUCGCCUCGCUAUCGAGCGUUUGACCCGAUCUUUGGCGGUGUGGGUUCCGUGCCGGUGACCAAGGGUGCUCGAGCAUUGAGUGCGAGUGAAUACGCCAGAUUGUCAUUGAGUGGGGCUGUGUGUACAGUUCUUGUCAGGACAGCCUUGAAUCCACUUGAGUUGAUUAAAACCAAACAACAGCUGGAAAAUGAUCCAGAGCUGUUUGACUAUGCCCGCAAGAGGCUCAUGAGGCAACGAGGUGACAAUGAUGACGACAACGAAAAGACGACAGACACUAAGCGACAGCAUGGUGAUGGUUCAGCCCCAAGGGUUGCCACUAGAAGUGCGUCCGGCAAGGGCACAAACACAGUGACAUCAGGUCCCAUCGCAGCAACCACCACAGCCACGGCAGUCCUCGAGCCAAGCGUCGACACGACAACAGCGCUAUCCGACGACAAGGAACUCGCAAAUCUUGGUUUAACAGACUUGAUCUUUAGUUUGGCUGAGUUGAGAGGCCCAUUCGCCCCCUUUCAAAGUGCAGAUAUCACGUUCCUUGCGUCCCUAGUGUUUGGUUCUUUUGGAUUUGGGGCGACCGAAUUAUUCCGACGAUCCUUUACAGAGAUCUUCUAUAACGAUGCUGGUGGUGGUAGUGGAGGAGGUUCUGAGGUUGUGCUCUUGCUAGCAGCAGGCUUGGCAACGGUUGUCACGAGUGCUGCAGCUACACCCUUUGAAGUGCUGAGGGUCAAGAGUAUGAUAAGGCUGGAUUCCGUUGGCUGGACAGAAGUACUUCAAACGUUCCUGAGGGAAAACGAAAAGCAAGCAGCAAAAAUGGCUGCAAAAAGAGUUCAACGCAAUGAAGGAGGCGAUAGCUCUGGGUUGGAAGACAUCAAUCCAACAGAUCUGCUCCCUCUAUGGUCCGGGUUUGCACCGACACUCUCGCGAGAACUUCCUUUUGCCAUUGCCAAGUUCCUUGCUUUUGAUGUUUUGGCUCGCUUAAUAACAGAUGUAAUCAACUCUCAGACGCAGGAAGGAGCUCUUCCAGUUCAAGUGGGUGUUGGUCCAGCUGGUUUGGCUGUGUCAGCCAUUGCUGGAGCUGUAGCGGGAGUGGCGGGGGCCAUCGUGAGCCACCCCGCAGAUUUAAUAUUGACCUACACAUCUGCGUCCAAGGCACAGGAUGAUGACGAUGAAUCAGGAGCUGAAGCACUUAACACCUCAACACCUGCGUGGGUCUCCGUGGUGCGCGAUCUGCUUUCACGAGACGGAGGCAUUGCAAAUCUGUUCUUGGGACUACCGGCCAGAGCCACUUUCUUCUUCUUGGUGAUUGGUCUCCAAUUUUUUCUUUACGACUACGUCAAGAACCUCUUCCAGGUGGGGACCGAUGAUCUGAGCCUUGUCUUGGAUGUCUUCUACGCAGUUCGCGCCGGUUUGCUUGACAUGGAUUAAGUGAAAAGGUUGCUUGAGCUCACGCUGAAUAACUGUAGUGAACUAAAGAGAUCCACUCUACUAGCUCAGCUAAUCCACUGCACA